AUCUAUAAAAUUACUAAUUUUUGAUUUCUCUCUCGUUCUCUUUUCAGCUUCAGUAACACUCACUGCGCUAAUACCUUCUCUCUCCUCUCUCCCUCUCUCUUUCUCUCCGUUCUCCGAUCAUCGUCUUCGCCUUCACCAUUUCUGAUCAACAUGUCUCGAAGAUAUGAUAGUCGUACAACAAUCUUCUCCCCGGAAGGACGACUUUACCAGGUAGAGUAUGCAAUGGAAGCAAUUGGGAAUGCUGGUACUGCAAUAGGGAUAUUGUCUAAAGAUGGGGUUGUUCUGGUUGGCGAAAAGAAAGUCACAUCUAAGCUGCUGCAAACCUCAACUUCCACUGAGAAAAUGUACAAGAUUGAUGAUCACGUUGCAUGUGCCGUUGCUGGAAUUAUGUCUGAUGCCAACAUCCUAAUCAAUACUGCUAGGGUCCAGGCACAACGUUAUGCAUACGCUUACCAAGAGCCAAUGCCUGUUGAGCAGCUGGUUCAAUCUCUCUGUGAUACCAAGCAAGGUUACACACAAUUCGGUGGUCUUCGACCAUUUGGAGUAUCUUUCCUCUUUGCAGGUUGGGACAAGAAUUUUGGCUUUCAGCUUUACACUAGUGAUCCCAGUGGAAAUUAUGGUGGUUGGAAAGCUGCAGCUAUUGGUGCCAACAAUCAGGCUGCCCAGUCAAUUCUGAAACAGGACUACAAGGAUGAUAUCACAAGGGAAGAAGCAGUUCAACUUGCACUGAAGGUACUGAGUAAAACCAUGGACAGCACAAGUCUUACCUCUGAAAAGCUUGAACUUGCAGAGGUUUUGCUCUCACCCUCAGGAAAAGUCAAGUAUCAAGUUUGCUCCCCCGAAAACCUAACUAAGCUGUUGGUGAAGUUUGGGGUGACCCAACCGGCAACAGAAACUGCUUAGGUUGUUUCAUGUCAUAUGCUAUGCCUAAACAGUGCAUUUGGACGUUCUUCCUUUCAGAAUAGACUUCAAAAAAAUGUCCGAAAUUUCUUUCAAAGUUCAAACUUUAAGCAUUGUGUUUCUUAGUAAUGCUAAUUGCUUUUUAGGUCGUAUUUAUUUUUAUUUUCAGGACAUUGAUCUA